AAGGAAUAGAAGGCUUAGGCAUUGAUUAUGAUACAGACCAUAUCCUUCGAUCUACGUCAACUCUGGUUUCAGUAACAAGCUUCGAAAUGACAACAUCAUUACCGACUAAAAUAUUCAAACAAUCAACAUCGUAUUCCUAUAAUAUCAGCGAGCGCACGGAUUAUUUGUCAACAAAAGCACCGUUUAAACCUGAAUCGUAUCAUCAUAGACUUAAAGAAAUCAUUGACGGACUAACAGCCGAUUGUCUUCACGAGCAUCAUAGACAACCACCACUCAAUACAGUCGAGCUUUACUGUAAUCGAACAGUUGACAGUUUUGGUGGAUGCUGGCCUGAUACUUCAGCUGGACAAAGGGCUCAAAUACCGUGCCCUAAGUUACCUGGCUUUAAUGUCCAUGCCUUCGCCUACCGAGAUUGUACAGAGAAUGGUACCUGGUUUGUGCAUCCAAAUAAUUCCCAAAGAUCGGCAAAUUACAGCGAAUGUCGGCAGAAAGAAAUACCAGGAGUGGAACACAUCUACAUUUUUGUCGGAGGCUUUGUGGUGUCCCUAGUGAUGCUGAUAGCGUCUCUGAUUAUCUUCUUCCGUUUCCGACAGCUGCGUUGCGACCGUAUUACAAUUCACAAAAACCUCUUCAUCUCGUAUGUCUUUACUGGCAUAGCUUGGACAUUGUACUACUGUUUGGCUGCCAUGAAUGGAGAUGUGAUUUCUACAAAUCCGAUUUGGUGUCAGGUUCUCCACGUGUUGUGCCAGUACUUUAUCGUGUGCAAUUUUAUGUGGAUGUUUUGUGAAGGACUCUACUUGAACAUCAUCAUGAUUUACGCCUUCAAUUCUGGCAAAGCAUUGCUUAUAACCUGUUAUAUCCUUGGAUGGGGAUUGCCCGUUUUAUUGACAGUCGUUUACGCCGUUGUGAGAGGCAGCAACCCAUCAAUGACCGCUGAUUGCUGGAUUGGCGACAGCGCCCUUAUAUGGAUUGUUUAUGGGCUGAUAGUGGUAUCAAUCGGGGUCAAUGUUCUCUUCUUGAUCAACAUCGUACGUUUGUUGAUCACAAAAUUGAGACAGAUGCCAGAAGCGGACCAGUCCAGAAAGGCUACUCGUGCCACUCUUAUACUGGUACCACUACUUGGGUUACAAUACCUCUUAAUUCCCAUUCAACCGGAGGAGGGAACCAAUCUACACGAGGCCUAUCACAUUGCAGUGGCUCUGUUUACGUCUUUGCAGGGUGCGUUCGUAUCGACGAUGUACUGCUUUUGUAACAGCGAGGUCAUACAAGUGCUACGUCGCCGCUGGAACCAGCACAAGCUGAUGAACCGCAGCUCCGCUCGAGCAUCGAACACACACGCCAACACGUACACGACCACGGAACCUGUGACGCAGGCCAACGCAACCUACUUCAGCACCUCAGACAACAAAGAGCCCCCACUGGAGAUGUCAAAGAUUGGAUCCUAAAUCUACUUACCGUGGGACUUACAGGCAUUACACUGUAAAGUGUAUGAGAAAAUGUACACCUUGUUUAAAUAUAUCUGGCUUAUGAACAUGCAUAUUAAUGUUUAUUUUUACAAGCUUUUUAUAAUUAUUUAAGAGUAAAUAAAAGUAGUAUGCUUUGGUAAUGAAGAUAUUUAAUUGGUGGAGUGAUCUGUGGUAGUUGCGAUCAAUAAUUGCUGUCUGAAAGCUAUCCAUUAUUUAAAAUGAGUGUAUAUUUUAUAAUUUAAAAUAUAUUAACAUUUUAUGUAUUCAAUUAGCAUGUAAUUAUUUAUAUUGUUUCCAAAUGUUAACAAAUAUUUACAGUUAAAAUUUUAUUAUUAUAUUAUUAUACAUUUUUCUUAUUACAACCAUAAUCCUUCCAUCAUAAGUUCAUGUCGUUUGUUUUCCGUGGUGAAUUGCAGAUGCAAUUUAACUUAUUUAAUAUGCAUGUAUUUUAUUUGUUUUAUGGUAUAUUUAAAAAUAUUGAUAAACAUACAAAUCUGAUCAACUGUGUAAGUAGGAUUUAUUAUGGGAAUACCUUUGUCGACCGACAUGUAAACAAUCGGGUUGCGAUUAAAAACUGAAUUCUAGUAUUAUAUUCAAAAUGACAAAUUAAACAUAACAACAAUCCUCUCCACGAUCAUCUCAUAUGCAUGCAUUUAUGUUUAAGAAAGACACAAGAUGCCAUUUAACACUACAGCUACUGUUAACGACGUGUUGUGCUUUACCUUAGGGUGUUCAUUUACAAUGACUUAUUGAUGUUUGUGUUUAUCUGCCGACAAUCAGUAGUCGUCUUUCAUUUCUGUGUUAACCGUUAAAAUAGUUGUUGUAUCAUGCCGGUGUUAAGUGUUGUAAGCUGAGAAUAACGUUUGUAAUAAAUGGAUUCAGUUUA